CGAAGGCUGUCACCUUCACAACACCGCUACCAGGCAGUGGGAGACCGCAUACGUAAGGGUCUCUCACUAUUGAGCGCAGGGGUGCUAUUUUGUAGGAAUGCCUUUUUUUCAUGCCAAUGCCUCUUCGCGAGACGUCAUCGAUUUUGGAAAUUGUGUACACGUAGGCACGACGUUUUUUGGAUCGUCCAAUCAGAAGCUCCCUUCAUUGGCCGGAUGUUUCUUUCGUAUUCUCUUCUCUUUUUCCGGGACUGUAUAGCAAAUUUGUUUUGUGAAACAGCACUUAAUGAAAGCGGACUUCCAUGCUGCGCAAAGCAAAUUCAUUUUGUUACAUUACAACGCAAAAGCUGCCGCAGUCCAAAGAAAUGCAAACGCAAGUGCUCUAUUUUCGAAACCGUAGCCACAUAGUAGUCGGAUGUGCAUCCAAUCCAUGCCGUUGAGCUCACGCAAAAUGGCAGCCUUUGUUUACCUGCAACAGCUGACAGCCGCUAGUGUGUCGGUAACGCAGCGCAACUAUUUGCGGCCCACAGCGGUACACUUGCAUCUGAGAAGAAUCUGCGCUGCUUGCAGGAGCCGUGAGAUGCAGCAGAGUGAGGUGAGUAAAUAUUGCUCGUGUAGUGCUUACGUUGUCGUGUGGUUUUUGGUGCAUCAUGUCUGACGUGUGAUAAUUUCUUCUUUACGAAGGGCCAACAAGAAUUAACCGUAACCCACGAGGACAAACUUUGCAACAUAGUGGAUCGAGAACUGUCAAGCCACUCAGCACCCUUCAUUAGAGCACCGCCACGACAGAACAAUAGCCUCGUCAAUGUGAUCGCAGCAACAGUAAUACUCCGCUGGGCCUGGCGCCCCUGCGCUGACGGUUACGCUCCGUGAAAGAAGCUGCUACAACGGUAAAUGGCCACUGGAGGCGGGAAAGUGGGUGGUGUGGACGGCCGCGUCCUCGACAUCCUUGGGAGGACAGGCGGCCUCCUUGUUUCCCCGCCGCAGUACUUCGCCGAUAGCGAGGACGCAAGUUCGGAGGAUGCUGCAGGGCCCUCCCGCAGUGAACCAGCAACAGCCACGUUUGUGGUGUCGGGUCCUGCAGCUGUUGCUGGGCCAAGUGGCCUUACACAGCAACCGCCUACCCUCCAGCAGCCACCCUUCCAGCCGACCCCCCAGGCAACUCCACGAGAGUCGCAAGCACCCCCCCAUAGGCAGUCGAAGCAGCAAGACCUUGAGGGCGCUGUCCAUAUGGCUACUGCCGAAUAUGUUCGGCAGGGCCAGUCGGCGGAAGCCAGGGCACAGGAGGAGGCUCGCUUCCGCCGACAAAUGCUGGAGCAAAACCAGCGGGUAUGUGUAAGGCCACAGACGUAUAUUUUUCUGCGUAUGAAAUUGACGAGCAUAUGA